AUGACAACGGUUCCGCCAGUCACAGGUAUUAUCAACUGCUCCAGUUACACUUUUCAGCUACCACGCGCAUCCUUCUCUUUAAUAAACUACAGAAGUUUUUGGAGACGGACGUAAAUGGUAAGUUCAGUUAGUGGUCACUGUAAAUUACCUAUGACUUUCCCAGGUGUAGACGAAAGGUAACGUCCAGUCCUUUCCAGUAACUCAGAUAGUAUUGAACCUCCAGUGAUCGUUGACUCGCCACGGAAGCGCACUUCGGGCUUCGCGAGCUCCAGGUUCGUCCUAAGUGUCAAGCCUUUUUGUCACAUUCACAUUAUAUACGUCUUGGUUGCUAUCUGGAAGCUUAAUAACUGGUUUGAGAGCAAGGCAGCCCAACUGUUGCACUAUGAAACGAUUCGAAAGGGCGGGCUAGAUGUAGAGCCAGACAUGUAAUUAAAAAGUAAAUGUGGUUUGGGUGGUUUACAGAGACCGCUGACUGCAGUAAUUCAGUAGUAUUCAGAACUGUAAGUGCAUUAUGACAUCCUAGUGCUCGUCUCUCUCGGUGGGCGAGGCUUUCCAGUAGUGCUUGUGUCACUCCAUUUUCCCCUUAUAGACAAGGCUUGAUCCGCAACACGUUGGCUUACCACCAGUCUUGAGGCCAUUAUAGGUCAUGGGGUUGAUUAUGUGGCUAAUUAUUCGUCCACAAGGUUGUUUGUAGAGCUCGUUAAUUUUGCCCUCCCAAGCCACUUGAUCUUUCCUGAAGUGCAACACUUUUCUUCUUAAAUGGCCGGUUCUUCUCUGACAAUCGGACCGAUAUUUUUAUUCUAGUAUUUGUGCUGUUUUUUCAUUUGUUGCCUUAAGGAUUUCUACUUCUAAAGAAAGGCCUAUAGUGCAGGAGACAUCGGCCUCAGUUGCAACUUUCACAUCGUCUACCAGUUCUCAGCGGUCUGCCUCACCGAAGAAAAAGGAAUUAACUACUGCUGGCGGCAAGGGCGAUGUAAUUUCCCCGAGUAACUCUUCAAAUUCCUCCUUGUUUGAGACUGAGAAUUACCGCGUCCGUCGUUUUCCCGCUACCGAGAUGCCCGAAUAUCCUGGCGGUAUUCCAGUUUUCCGCCGACGCUCGUUGCAUCCUUCAGCGAGUGAGCUGCCUGACCCCUAUGAAGAGAUCAUAAUACGCUCGCCCAAAAUACAAGCACAAAUAGACGCCCAAAGAAUAAUGUCAAGAGCCAUGCAACGUACCUAUGGACAUGUUUCUUUAAGAAGUUCCCGGUCUCGUUUUCACGGCCUGGCCUCCUUAUGCAAUGCUUGCACCCGUGGGGUUAUAAGCUUGCUGAGUUUAGUACUACUGCCAUUCUCAUUGGCCUUCAAAAUGCUGGGUUAGUUUGUAUUUUGAUAAUGUUUACUUCCAAAUUCUUUUCAUGAUUGCCUUCGUUCAAAGUCACGUCUCCAAAGCAGCAUUUGUAUUUUUUUUUACUACGCAAAGCAUUCAUUGCUAGAUUUCAUGUUCUUCACAUAUAAGUGAAGUUCUCCACAACCUGAUUCAAGUCUUAGAUGACCGAGGUUGGCUAUCUUAGUUGUAACAGCUUAUCUCGUUAAUAAUGCUGAUGGUUAGAAGACUGCGUCCCAUCUUGUGUAGUAGUGGCGGUGGCGGAUUGCUAUCAUUACAAUACUUUAAUAGAGAGGCGGUCACCGACAGAACAGUUAAUGAUAACGUCUACCCCCUCUAAUAGGGCUAAUUUGCGAAGAGAAGCAAAGAAAUUCCGCAUAUUGUUUGCGUAAUGCCUUGUUCUUGAAAUCGAUGGUCAGCCAAAAAUCUGACAGUUAGGCGUCAACCGCCAACGCGUCCUGGACGCCAGCGUGUCGUUCUGGUUUGGAAGGAUCGGCCCCCACUACCUGUGUAACAUUCUCACGUGUCAAAUAUAUUCAGAAUUUUUCCCCAAACAACGGAGAAUUCUCGGCUUCAGUUGCCUAUUUUCCGGUAAAUUUUUCCGCACUACGUAUACUGCUUCCUUUUCUCUUUCUCAGGUCGUCUGCCUGCGCCCAACUUACGUUGUAUCCUCCUAGUUUUUCUACUUUGCAUUAUCUCCGGCCUUGCGCUCUUGUUCUUCUACUCAGACCCGUUUUACCAUAACCCGGUGGCCGAUUUCGCAGCCCAGAUAGCGAACUCGAUUUCUGAGAGGCAGCCGUAA